UUUCUGAUCCAGGAGACGCUAGGAGCCAUGGCGCAGAAACUUCUCAGCACCGAAGCGGCUGAGCGCAUGAACCUCGUGGCCCAGGACGAGAUCUGGCGAUACCGUCUGAAAGCUGAAUCUGAGGCACGGCACAACUGGGCCCAGAACUGGGGGUUCUUAACAACGCCCCUGGAAGAGUUGCUGCAGGGUGAAGCAGAAGCCGCUGCUCCCAAGGCCAAGGUCGAGCUCCCUGAACGCUUCCGCAUCCGCCCCGGGACUCCCGUGCAGAAAUACAUCAAGGUCCUCCCAUCCCCUCCAGUUCCAAAGACCACCCAGGGCUUCAUCGGCUGGCGGUCAGGGGUGCCGGGCCUCAACAAGUGCCUGGAGCUGGACUAUGAGAUCAGGAGCUGCAAAGGGGCUUACGCCCGAGAGCUGGGCUGGCCCAAGCAAGGCAUCCACUGAGUCCAGACACACAGUCCACCCAGGAGGACCGACUCCCCAGCGCCCUGGAGGACGUGUGUGCCCGUGAGAUGUUGCAAAGAAUCCAGAGGACACCUGACGCGUUUUUGAUCCAUCAGUGCCUCCCGUCUAGAAUGUUCUCCACACCCCAUGCUUUGCUAACAAGCUGAGUAAAGUGGAUUCUCGGU